GAAGCAACUACUACAAAUGAUGUUUGUUUCAAAAGAAUGGUCAAGUUGUGCAUGGGCAAAGAAACCUGAAGGGAAAGCUGUGAAGAAAAUCAUAAUGAAUGAUAAUACAUUUUGGCCUAGUGUGGUUUAUUCCAUAAAAACCACAAAGCCCCUUGUGAAUGUUUGAAGAAUAGUUGAUGGUGAGAGGACACCGGCAAUGGGAUUUAUUUAUGGUGCUAUGGAUGAGGCAAAAGAAAAGAUUGCAAAGAACUUAGAUGGAGACGUGUCUUUAUAUAAGGAGAUUUGGGAGAUCAUUGAUCAAAAGUGGGAGUUUCAAUUGCACCGCGACUUGCAUGCAACUGCAUAUUACUUGAAUCCUCGAUUCAGAUGGAGUCCCAAUGUUUCCGAGCAUCCAGAUAUUAAAACUGGUUUGUAUAAGUGCAUGGAUAGACUCAUCAAGGACCAAGAAACAUAUGUGAAGGUCGAUGCCCAACUUGAUGAGUAUAAAUACAAGCGAGGAUUGUUUGGCUUCAGAUCAUCCUUAACAUCAUACUUAACACGUCCACCUGUUGAAUGGUGGGACAACUUUGGAGAUGAAGUUCCAGAACUCAAGUCAUUUGCAACAAGAGUUCUAGGUCUUACUUGUUCAGCAUCGGCAUGUGAACGUAAUUGGAGUACGUUCAAUCAAGUGCACACAAAGAGAAGAAAUCGUCUGAGCACAAAAAAGAUGAAUAGUUUGGUGUACAUUAUGUACAACAAAAAGUUGAAGCACAAAUUUUUUAAGAAACAAUCACGAAGAGAGGAAGAUGAUCCUUUGAUUGUUGAAAAUGUGUGUUCUGAUGAUGAAUGGGUAGCCAAUCCAAAUGAUGAAGAGGAUGGUGAUAGUAGAGCAAUCGAAGUUGGUGGGGAAAUUGAGAUUGAGGAUGAGGGCGGAAGUUUAGCACCGAGGAAGAGGAAAAGAAAUCAAGCACCAAUUGAAGUGAAUUUGGAUGAGGAAGAUGAAUUUGAAGGAGGAGAAAAUGAUAGUGAAGAUGAAGAUGAUGGACGAGCUAUACAAUUUCAUGAGAGUGAUGAUGAAGAAAGUGAAGAGUUCUUGGAGAUUUAA